UAUCUGCCAUGGUUGCAAUGGAUUGGGGCUUUGAUUUUAUACUUUCAUUAAUGGGUCCAAACGUCGCCUCAUUGCCCUUGACGAAAAACCUUGCACCAAUCCCACACCACCCUCUUCCAACCACCACACGCUUCACUCUCGCUUCCGUCGCGGAAACCAUCGUUGCCCAAGAAGAAGCCCCUCCCAUUCCCCAAUCUGAGAAGCUUGGAGUGGUGGUGAAGGCAAAAGAGAAGCCAAGACUUGUGUUGAAGUUCAUUUGGAUGGAGAAGAGCUCAACGAGUUGCUUGAGAGCAAGCCUUGGAUCUCCCAAAAGCAGAUGAUUAUUCUACUUAAUCAAGCCACUGAUAUCAUCAAUUUGUGGCAGCAAAGUGGUGGCAACUUAUCCUGAUCCCAAUUCUACUUUUCGAACAUAUUUCAAACAUUUUUUGCACUUGUAUUAUGGGGUUGGGGUAAUCGGUGAUGUUUUGUAACAAUAAGAUGUUUCUCCGGUUAAUGUUCAUGUUUUUUUCUAUUGUAUGUUCUUUAUCUGGCUUUGUAUAAGUUUAAUUAAUAUUAUUAUUAAUCAACUUAUCCCAAAGUUCUCUCAAACCUUUGGUUUCCUGUCUGUCACAUUUUAUUAGUUAAAAUGUUCUCUCGAACCUUGUACU